AUGGCUGACUAUUCAUUAUUUACUAAAGGGCAAGGAGAUCAGUUUAUAGCCUUAUUGGUGUAUGUGGAUGACAUAGUCAUCACUGGACCUAAUGUUCAAGCUAUUAAUUCCUUGAAGGACUUCUUACAUUCUGAAUUCAAAUUGAAAGACUUGGGGAACUUGAAAUAUUUUUUGGGAAUUGAAAUAGCUCGAUCAAAUUCUGGUAUUGUGAUAUCACAAAGACAUUACACCUUACAACUGCUUGAAGAUACAGGUUACUUAAGCUGCAAACCAGCAAAUGCUCCAAUGGAUCCAAAAACACAUCCUAGUUUCCAUGAAUGUGAUCUUUUGACAGAUGCUUCUCAAUACAGACGAUUAAUUGGAAGGCUACUCUACUUGACAAUAUCAAGACCAGACAUUACAUAUGCUGUUCACAAACUCAGCCAGUUUCUAUCUCAACCUAGGUUGCCACAUCUUAAAGUAGCACAUCAUUUGCUUCGAUAUUUGAAGAGCAGUCCAGGUCAAGGCAUUUUUUUCUCAGCUAAAAAUGAUGGUUCUGAUCUAAAAUUACAAGCUUUCUCAGAUGCUGAUUGGGGUUCUUGUGUUGACACGAGAAAAUCAACAACAGGAUUUUGUAUCUUUAUUGGGAAUUCUAUGAUAUCUUGGAAAUCAAAAAG